GAAGCUGCUUCAGUCUCAGUCAUUUGUGAUACUACGCGGACGUAAUCAUGUGCAAUGUUUGUACUCGCGACGCUGUGCCGGUCCAGGAGCCAGCGAAGCCGAACAAGACCCUGGAGAGGAUGAAGAAGAAACACAACAUCGUGACAGACCCCAGCGAUGAGAGGAAACAGAGCGAGGUCGCCUACCAGCCCGAUUUGUUGGCCGUUUCCACGCAAUACACGAAAGUUGCGUACGAUUUGUUCAAAGAGGCAAUGGUGCGUCUCCAGGAAACGAAGGCUUAUGUUAUAGCGACGAAGACAUCGCAACCGUUCCACAUCGCGCUUGCCGUGUUUGUGGUGGCAGCCUGGCUGAUGAGACCCGGCACCAGCUCCAACCUUCGAGGAUGGAAGGCGCUGUACGUGGGUGCCGUCGCGACGCACCUUGGUGCGCAGAUUUGGAUGACUCUAGUCUCUGGAAUCGUGCUGUACUUCUCUCUGCCGCGUCAUGAGUUCGGGCGCGUCCAGACGGUCUUAUUCCCGGUCUACUACGCCUUCAACGCCUCCGUCAGUUUGCUAGCCGUACUCGCCUACUUCCGAACACAAUGCCUCACGCACUUCGUCAAUACAUCCUGGAUUCAGCUAGCACUACUGCUAGUAGUAUUCAGUAUCGAAGCGUACGUUCGCUUCCGACUGGUGGCGCCAAUGUUGAGAGCCAAGCACGUGAAGACACAGAUGGAGGAAGCCGCUGGCGGUGGACAAGAGAUCGGCCGUUUGGUGUUGGGUGAACUGGCCCACUGUCCCCGGUACAUUCGUGUGUUGAAGACCUUCCGCGCUUACCACUCCACAAUAGCGAUGGGCACCAUGAUCACUCUGGGCUGUUCGUUCUACUCUACAAUGAUUAUAGUUGAUUCUAUAUGCUACUAAACUCAUAAAUACUGUAGAAGCCAAUAUUAUUAGAGUAGUCUGUGACAUUUCGAUCAGAACGAAAUAUUUUAUCUAUAGCACAAACGCAUAGACCGUAGCUUGUGUAGACAGAGGUUGAGUGUUGCCAGACAUGAUAUAUUGACAAGCAACAUGACGAAUGAAAUAAAAAUCGAUCUCAAAGCUAAAAACGAGGUUGAGUCAUCGUUAACGAAUAUUAUAACUUUUUAGAAUAUAUAAAAAAUUGCGUAAAAAAAGCGAAUAUUAUAUAAAUUAUUUUAGAUACUAUCCACUGAAUGAUUUGAUAAAACUGGAAUUUGUUAUUACUUCAGUGGUUGGUAGUCAGUUUGAAAGCUUAUGAAAGUAUUUCUUGUUUUUAAUUGUUAAAUGAUAAUAAAAAAACAAGAAAAUAUAUUUUAUCAAAUCAUUUUUAUAUAAAUUAUAUAUGUUUAUUAAAUCGAUUUAGAUUUGAAUGAUUUAAACAAUAAUACUUUUUUCGUAAGGACUUAGGCUAUCAAUAAAGAACUCCACUUUCACAUUACUAAGGGACAGAGAUGACUGUAUUAUGUACCUACACUAGACAAUUAUUUCUAUCUAAACGAUAUUAUUUAGUCUUCACUGGUUGAUUACCAACCAGCAUUUUAUAUGCGAACUAAAUUAUUUAAUUAUAUGUGACAAGGUCGUAAUAAUUAUAUUUGAGCUUCCGGACUAUCUCACUCUUGAGUACAUAAUAUCUAUAAAUAGGUUCUAUGCACUCGGUAAGGUCUUUAAACCACCUUUCGAUUAAUAUUUCUAUAACAUUUUUUAAAUGAGUAUUUUAUUUUAUCUUUAAACCUAACCGUUUGCCACUUCUAAUAAAAAAAAUACUUGGUCGACUUAAAAUUGUCGAAAUUGAAAAAUUUAACAGUAUGUUCCAAGACUGACCUAGAAGCGAUUUAAUCUUGUUAGGUACUGAAUAUUUAAAUACACACAUUUGGUACUUUUUAUUAUAUUGACAGAUUAUGUGAGAUGUUUCAAGUUCACAUUUGAGUUCGUUUACGAAAUUUAAAAUAAAUGUAAGGCUAAAAGAAACAGUCGUGACCAAUGACGUUCUAUACAUAUGGACAUAUCAUUCGCAGUCUGAUAACGGAACGGCAAAAGUGUGCUUAAAGCCAAUGUAAGCACACUUUAAUCCUUAGUAAUAAAUUAACGAGUCAAAAAAAAUAUGUUGUGACUUAUCAUCGGUAAGAUUAUUUUGUAAUAUAAGAUUGAUAUGCAAAAAUCGGAAGUAAUUUAAUAAAACGAAUAGUUUUUCGUUAAAUAUUAUUGACAAGUCCCCAGACAAAACCCGCUUGUCAGAAUGGGGCAGAUGAAAGGACACAAUCAGAAAUAUAUAGACAUAGCAGUCGAAAGUUAUAAUGGUGUCAUUUGUGGCAUGUGCCAUAUUUCGGCUUUGAUUUUGUAUGAGGUCCAUUGCCUAUAAACUCUUUAUGAAUAGAACGUCAUUGGUCGUGAAAGAACAAUUAAUAAUAAUCAAGAGUAUUAUAGUAAUAUAACGUAGGUACUAGGCUUGUGUUCUGUCUCGAUGCGAUGAGUCGUAAAACAGUAUUAUUAACAUAUUUUGUAAUGUUGUUUUUCGUUUUAUCUAAUGUGCAACUUAAACUUUCUCAAAUAUUUUGUUCAAAGCUUAAUAAAAUUAUUUUGAAACACUUUUUGUUUUUCAUUCCAUUUUCAAUGAAAAGGCACUGUAUAUAUUUGAGAUAGUUUAAGUUUAUACGUUUUUAUGUAAUGGCGUAACUUCCAAACAGGCUGUGAAGUCUAUAUUCAUUGUAUUAUAUUAUUUAGAUAUAGUUUAGUACCUAUGUACAUAGAUAUAACGUGAAUCGAAAUUAACAAUAAUAUUAAAUGACGCGCUGGUCGCAAAAAUGUUAUUAGAUAAAUAUAAAAAUUAUGAUUUCAAUUUAAUCUAUGAAUUAUGUUAUUUCAAUAAGCUUACAUGAAUUCUUGCCAGACUAACAUUAGUAUAGUGCCAGGACGAUUAUAAUAUAAUUGAUAAGUAAUGUUCAUGUAAUCAAAUUCACCGUCUUUUAUUAUUAAUAUAUAUUCGUAGCUAUUAUUUUAGCUGUAAUCAUUUUAACUAACUACUUUAUCAGAUCAUGACGUUGCUAUGUGAAAUUGUCAAGUAUAGCUGUUAUCAAAUUAUUUCUAUGCCAGAUUGCAUCCCUAAUACACUAGGUCUUCGUUAAUUUCAAAUAUUUAAAGUCCAUACUCCAGACAAUAAUCUAAAAUGACAUUUUUAUCCAUAGCUGCAGGAUUGAAGAAUAAAACUGAAAUGAAGAUAGAACUAGCACAUAUUUAAGAUUUUUUUGGAGUAUGGACUCCUUCAUGGCUAUAAUAUUAUGUUGUUUACCAAGGUGAGGAUUUAAGCUAUUCCUAAUAGGGUGUAGUUUGUACACACGGUGCGUAUCCGAGGGCCUCAAUACACCCGAGUAAGGGACUUCUUCAUUCUCCUGAGGGCUACAUAGUGUAUUAUACCACACCUGCGAGGAAAAUAAAAAUUAUCAUAAUCUUAGCAAAUAAAUUGCAAAUUGCAAGCAAAGAUAUAUUUAAAGUGUUUUUAAUAGCCUAUCUAAAGAGGAUAUAAAUACUAUGUAAUAAGAAGCAGGACUGCCUAAGUAAAAAUUGAAAUUUAGUUUAAUAUGAAACGUGCAGUGAUUUGACAUAAGUUUGAAAUAGUAGUACUUACAGUAUGGCGAUUGGCCACGAAGCAUAAUCCGGCUAAGUUUGAAAGCGAACAGUUGCUUAAAACGUAGUGGAUUUUGCCUAUGUACGUUUUUUACGAGAUCGUAACCGUCAUCUGUCAAUAUAUCAAUGCCGUUUCAUACAAUCCAAGCCGACUGCACGUUUCAUACAAUCGAGUGAAUCAUUUUUUUCUUAUAGGUAUACUCAUUGGUAUAGUUUAAAAAAACAUGAAAAACACGUUGGAAAUGAACUUCACACGACAAAAGUAAAGAAAACUGCCCCCAACUUUGCACGCAAUAAAUUAUCGCAUCAGUACUAAGGCACUCUCCUUGCAGGUAUUAAGGUAUAAAAACAAUAAACCGUUUCGUUGUAUAUUUAUUGUGUAGAUUUGUAAUUGAUGAUCUGAAUGUGUAAGUAGGUUUUGUUAUUUAUUCGAGAGCUCGGUAAUAACAAAGUGACGAGUAAUAAAAGAGUAAAAUAAAAA